AAAUCCUCCUCAACAGUCCCGAUCAAGCUCAUCAGUCUUAAACAAAGACAUUAUCAUUCAACAUGAAAACCCUCUUUUUGCUGGCAUUUGUCAUUGGAGUGGCCUACUGUGCUCCGCAAUUGAUGUAUUACGAGCUUGAAUACAAACCUGUCCUGGCUCCACAGGCUCUUCCUGCUGGCGCCGCUGCAGCUAGACCUUCAGAAGUCGAAAUUCUUUUGGCAGCUCAGCAGGCUGCAGCUGGUGUUCCUGCUCAACCUGUCCGUGGCUUCAUUAAGCAUGAGAUUCCCCAGCCCGGAGGCAAAGAAAGCCUUGAAGUUCUGUACCCUUUUGACUUUUCUCAAAAUGCUCCUGCCGCCCCGGCUGUUCCGGCUGCCCCGGCUGUUCCUGCCGUUCCUGCCGUUCCUGCCGUUCCUGCCAUUCCCGCUGUUCCCGCUGCCCCAGCCCCUGUUCCAAAUGACGAUGACGAUGAUCAUGAUGAUUAAACCAGACUGAUGAACAGAUAAGCUGACCACCAGUUCCUGAAUGACAAAGAAGCUGCUUGUAGUGUUUAGCAAAUUGACUGCAUAAAUGCUUUCCCGCAUUAGAAAUAAUGCAGAUCGAUGAAAAGGUUCUUUCUCAGUGGCUUGAUGCAUGAGAGCCAUAAAAAUCAUUGCUUUUUUGCUGCCAUGUUUUUAAAACUUGAUUUAUAAUAAACCGUUCAAUCAA